CAGUGGCCGAGCGGCGACCUGGGGCUACCCCGCUAGCUCCAGCGCCGCUUCCUUGGCCACUGCCUGGGGAGAGCCGGAGGAUGAGCUGAACCUCGCAGCCGCUGCUAUCUCAAGCGCUCAUUACAGGGCAUGGUGUCUAUCUGAAGAAUAUUUUACUUUCAAAGGAAGGAUGCUGUCUCCAGAUGAUAAAAUGUUAGGAAAACUGGAUCCAUUUUAUCGAUCUUCAGUGUCCAAGCAGAAGACCAGUGCAGAAAUCAUAAGCGAAGCACGAAAUGCGUUAAGAACAGUUAGAACCCAAAGACCAUUUACACCACAGGAAGCCCAAAGAAAACUAUUCGGACCUGCAUCCUCAAGAACGUCAGAAAAUAGACCUCCUUCCUCCUUCAGCCUCCAUGCAUCCAGUUUUGAGUCAUCUGAUUCCAGGCCUAUCUCUGGCGCACGUCUUAGUCCACUAGAGCUGAAACCGAAAGUUCCAGCAUCUCCCACCAGAGAGGAGGAUUCCUGCUUUUCCUUUCCUAAGCCCCCAGUGGACCCUGCGAAGAUUAGAAGAAUAAGCAGUGCCAGGGCUCGCUUAUUCAGGGCUGCCUCCCAGGGGGCCCUUCUGCCGGACAGAUCCCUUCCUCCCUCUGACUCAAAGAAGACAGUGGAAUCCAAAGAAACAGUUAUGAUGGGGGACUCUGUGGUGAAAAUAAAUGGGAUUUAUUUAACAAAAUCAAAUGCUAUUUGCCACUUAAAGAGUCACCCACUUCAGCUAACUUAUGAUGGAGGCUUCAGUGAAAUAAAGGAGCAAGAAAUGUUCAAAGGAACAACAUCCUUACCGUCUCAUCUCAAGAGUGGAGGGGACCAGGGGAAGAGACAUGCGAGGGCCUCAUCACGCCCCAGUAGCUCAGACCUGAGCAGGCUGCAAACCAAAGCAGUCCCAAAAGCUGACCUGCAAGAAAAGGACGCAGAAGUAGAAGUAGACGAAGUCUUUUGGAAUACAAGGAUUGUACCGAUUUUGCGUGAAUUAGAAAAGGAAGAAAACAUUGAAACGGUUUGUGCUGCUUGCACACAACUUCAUCAUGCUUUAGAGGAAGGAAACAUGCUUGGAAAUAAAUUUAAGAGAAGAAGUAUUCUCCUGAAGACCCUAUGUAAACUAGUUGAUGUUGGUUCAGACUUGCUCAGCCUUAAACUUGCAAAAAUAAUUCUAGCACUUAAAGUGAGUAGAAAGAAUCUUCUUAAUGUCUGCAAACUUAUAUUUAAAAUUAGCAGGAAUGAGAAGAAUGAUUCUUUGAUUCAAAAUGACAGCAUUCUGGAAUCAUUGUUGGAGGUACUAAGAAGUGAAGACCUGGAAACUAACAUGGAAGCUUUUUUAUACUGUAUGGGGUCUAUAAAGUUCAUUUCUGGAAAUCCAGGAUUUCUUAAUGAAAUGAUCAGCAAAGGUGCUGUGGAAAUACUGAUAAAUUUGAUAAACCAAAUAAAUGAGAACACCGAGAAAUGUGGUACAUGUUUGCCUAAUUCGGGCCACUUGCUAGUCCAGGUGACUGCUACGUUGAGAAACUUGGUUGAUUCACCAUUAGUAAGAACUAAGUUCCUAAGCAUCAGUGCCCUUCCCCAGCUCUGCACGGCGAUGGAACAGUACAUGGGUGACAAGGACGUCUGUACCAAUAUUGCCAGAAUAUUCAGCAAACUUACUUCUUACCGUGACUGCUGUGCAGCCUUGGCCAGCUAUUCCAGAUGUUAUGCCUUAUUUCUGAAUCUAAUUAACAAAUACCAGAAGAAGCAGGAUUUAGUCGUCCGUGUUGUUUUUAUUCUUGGCAACCUGACGGCGAAAAAUAACCAGGCUCGUGAACAAUUUUCCAAAGAGAAAGGGAGCAUCCAAACUCUGCUGUCAUUAUUCCAGACGUUCCAUCAGCUGGAUCUGCAUUCCCAGAAGCCGGCGGGCCAACGAGGCGAGCAGCACAGGGCGCAGAGGCCGCCGUCAGAGGCAGAGGACGUGCUCAUCAAGCUGACCCGCGUGCUGGCCAACAUUGCCAUCCACCCGGGCGUGGGCCCGGUACUGGCUGCCAACCCGGGGAUAGUGGGCCUGCUCCUGACCACGCUGGUGCUCUUAAAGCUUCUUGUCAGUAACAACAUGGAUGGAAUCCUGGAGGCUGUGCGUGUUUUCGGAAAUCUCUCCCAGGACCGUGAUGUCUGCGAUUUCAUUGUGCAGAACAAUGUCCACAGGUUCAUGAUGGCGCUGCUGGAUGCUCAGCAUCAGGAUAUCUGCUUUUCUGCCUGUGGUGUUCUCCUCAAUCUCACUGUGGAUAAAGACAAGCGUGUCAUCCUGAAAGAAGGAGGUGGCAUUAAGAAGUUAGUGGAUUGUUUAAGAGAUUUUGGUCCUACUGAUUGGCAGCUGGCCUGCUUGGUUUGUAAAACUUUAUGGAACUUCAGUGAAAACAUCACUAAUGCUUCGUCAUGUUUUGGAAAUGAAGACACCAACACACUCUUACUCCUGCUCUCAUCAUUUUUAGAUGAAGAACUAGCACUGGAUGGCAGUUUUGAUCCAGACCUAAAAAACUAUCACAAACUCCACUGGGAAACAGAAUUCAAACCUGUGGCACAGCAGCUUCUCAACCGAAUUCAGAGACAUCACACCUUCCUAGAACCCCUGCCCAUUCCCUCUUUCUAACGUGAUGCAGGUGAACAGUAGAAACAGGAAGUCACGUCUCCCUCAUUCUUAAGAACUGGUAACAAAUGUGAACAUUUUUUUCAGGAUUAACAAACAUGGAAAGUUUUUCAAGAACUGGUUUUAGUGAGUAGCCGAAGUAUUUUUUAAAAAUAAGCAUUUCUUCUUGUUAGGUAUUAUGGAAAAACGUAUAUACAUGUUAUAUUUCCUGUUAUGAGAAAUGUAAGAUGAAAAUAUAUGCAUUUUUAAGUAAAUGACUUUUUCUUCUAUUCUCUAUUAAACAAUUUAGUUCUAGUCUUAAAAUCUUGAUUUAGCAAUUUUGGAAUUAAAGUGUUCAUAAGUUAAAUGAACUGUGCAAUGAAGGCUGUUAGAUUAUAUAGAAAGAAGGGUAGUCAACAUGAGUGGAACAUGUUACAACAUAGGAUCUAUACUAAUUCUUACUACGUCAAAUAAUAAGGGUUCUCAUUUGGUACCAGUACCUUUUUGGUCUUCAUAUUAAGAGAAGGAGUAAGCAGAAAAACUUAAAGAAAACUGCUUUGGGCCAUUUGUUUAUUAAAUAAAUAAAAUAGAUUAAAAUGAGAGUUAUCUUUUCAUUUGAAAUAAAAUGACUGGACUAAGACAGUCCUUCUAAUUGUAACUCUCCGUGUUUGACAGGUGACGUAAUGUAUUAGAAAGAAUGCAGGCUUAGGUGAAUGGUAGACCUGCAUCUGAAUCCACGCUCUCCCCUGCUACCUUUGGAGCAAGUAACUUAAUUUCUUGAGCUUCAACUGUAAAAUGGGAAUCAUAUCUAUUUUACUGUAGUGUAAUUUGGAACAAACCAUUAAAUGGGCAAAUGGCCCAGUCCAGUGUAUGAUGUGGAGUGGGUGUUGAAAACACCAAGCACUUUCUUAGUUUGCCAUUCUUUGUAGGAUGAGUUCGGCCUUUGAAUAAAUGAUUAAAAAACAAAA